AUGUUUACCUCAGAACAUGUAUCUCUGCUUCUUACAGCGAUGGCGUCUUGUCUCAUCUUAUACAGGAGUUUAAAGCAUUUCUGGAGAAAAGGGAACUUACCACCUGGACCAACCCCUCUGCCAUUACUGGGGAACUUUCUACAGCUGAGGAAAGGAGACAUAGUGAAAUCCCUGCUGAGACUUAGUGAGAAAUACGGAGAAGUGUUCACCAUUUACCUGGAUUUCCAACCAGUCAUCGUGGUCACAGGAUACAAAUCUGUAAGAGAAGUGUAUGUGGACAGAGGGGAUGAUUUCUUAGCUCGAGGUGAUCUUCCUUUCUUUGAUUUGUACUACAAAAACUAUGGGAUCGCUUUUACAAGUAACAUGGACCGGUGGAGGCAGCUUCGUAGAUUUUCCCUUUCCACAAUGCGAGAUUUCGGCCUGGGAAAAAGGAAUAUAGAGGACCGGAUUCAAGAAGAGGCUGUGUGUCUAGUGGCGGAAUUCAGGAAAACAAAAGAAUCAUUGGUGGAGCCUCGACACUUUAUAAAUAAAGCUGCGUGCAAUGUUGUCUUCUCCAUCAUGUUUGGACAUCGUCAGGAUUACGAAGAUGCAGAGAUACAGGAUGUCCUUUCUGCGAUAAGUACAGCAAUAUCCACUGCCAGCUCAGGAUGGGGACAGUUAUUUACGAUGUUUCCCUGGGUUAUGCAGUUUCUUCCUGGGACACUUCAGAAGGGCUUAAACUGUAUGCAAAAUCUCCUUCAGUUUGUGGAAAAAAGAGUUGAAGUGAACAAGAAAACUUUGGAUGAGAAUAACCCCCGAAACUAUGUGGAUGCUUUUCUUAUUAAAAUGAAAAAGGAAAAGCUUAAUCCCAAAAGUGAAUUCCACCUCACCAAUUUAGUGAACAGUACUCUGCAGAUCUUCUUUGCUGGGGUGGAUACCACCAGCUCAACCCUGAACUAUUCUCUUCUUAUUCUCAUGAAAUACCCAGAUGUCCUUGCCAAAGUUCACAAGGAAAUUGACAAGGUCAUUGGUCGAGACCGAUGCCCAAAUAUUGAUGACCGGAGUCAGAUGCCAUUCACUGAUGCUGUUAUUCAUGAAAUACAACGUUUCAUAGAUUUGGUUCCAAUGGGUAUACCACGGAAAACAACAAGAGACAUUACAUACAGAGGGUACUCCAUUCCUAUGAACACCAAUGUGUAUCCCAUGAUAACAUCUGUGCUGAAGGACCCUACCUGCUUCCUGUACCCAAAUGAAUUCAACCCCAAGAAUUUCUUGGAUGAAAAUGGUCAAUUUAAAAAGAAUGACGCCUUUAUUCCUCUGGCCGCAGGUAAAAGGAUUUGUUUGGGAGAAGGUCUGGUCCGAAUGGAGCUGUUUAUUGUUUUAUCAAGUAUCUUGCAAAACUUUAACCUGAAGUCACCUGUGUCUCCAGAGGACUUGGACAUCACACCGGACAUAUCUGGGCUGACAAAUAUUCCAAAAUUCUACAAAAUGGCUUUUACCCCUCGUUAAAUGUUAAAUUAGUCAGUAUUUUUACCAAAAUAAGAAGUGGGCCCAAAACACAGGCAAAGGAGAAAAUCCUUCUAUUAUAGUGUGUUACGUUGUCAGUUCCACUCCUGGUUUUGGUAACAAUACUGACCAAA